UUUUUUCCGAUUGAUAAAAAAAAGCGGCUUUUGGGCGGUUUGCUCAUUCAAAUUUAGAUGAAUUUGAUACAGAAUAUAAAUACCUUGAGCAAUUGAAAUUGGUCGAAAAGUCAACCACAACAAUGGUAGCAGACACGCUCACAAAGACUACGCUGGAGGCAGCAGUGGCGUCCUCAUCUCCACCUGUCACGAUGUUUUAUCCAGCAACCACAAGCGAGCAAGAGAAGUCGACCGCCGCGCAGCAAGCUGCGCUGCAGCAGCGGAUCAAACAGUCGGUGAGGUCGUUGUCCUUACCCCCACUCCGCUCCGUGGACGCACAGAUGCGGGAGUACCGCGAGCAGAUGAUUCUGCAGGCGCGGGAGGCACAGAUCCAGAUGGAGGAAAUAAAGCGAAGGUCGAAGUCGACCAGUAAAUCGCUCGGGAGCGUGCCGCCCACCGCAAUGCUGAAAAUCCCCGUGAUUCCGACUCGGAAAUUGCACGUGCAGCCCCCGCAGCCGAAGUUCCAAAAACUGGAAUUAGGAAAAACCCCCCCGAAGCCCUACGACGCGGUAAACCCGGUGCUGGAAUCGAAUGUGUUUCUGCAGCCGCCUAUGCAAUACACACUUAUACUUCCCGUACACAAACAAAAUGCAUGGCACCUUUCGCCAAGCUAGCCUGUGCCACGUGUGGUCAUGCUGGACAGGAUUUUUGCAGGCAAUUUUUAUUUUCGUCAUGCAGAACAAGAAACCAAAUUUCAAUUUUGUAUGUGCAGGUCGUCGUGUAAGGGAACUAACUUUACUGUGGAUAUCGUCGCAGAAUCUGCUUCGCGGGGACAAUUUGAACCGCGGGUACGCAUCGGUCGGCGUUCCGUCGCCUUCUGGGAAAGGUGGACCACUAGCGAAGAACAAGGUAACUACCAGUACUAGUCCGGCGACUAGCAAAACGACAACUAGCGCCGGCGGUUUUCUUCUGGGCCGGAACAGCACCUUGCUCCCGCGGUCCUCGUAUGAACUGCAAAAAUAUCGUGGUCGUACUAAUUGCAGUCUGGCAUGACAGAUCCGCUUUGCUACCUGAACCUGCAUGACAAAUUUCAUUUUUCUUUCUGGGAAAAUUUGUCAUGCGAUUUAUACUAAUACGAUACUUUUGGUUUUGCAAUGCAUACCUCGUCCCUCGGGGCGGUCGGGUUGCGCACCAGGGUGCAGGCGGGCGAGGCACCACUGCUGCGCGACGUGGACAUGCGGGUGCUGCAAACACAGUUUCCGCACUUCAAGCCCGCGGUCGGCGAGCAGUUGCAGAACAAACUGCAGACCCCCUCUAUCCUUUGCAAAAGUAUCUCUGAGCGUACUGGUACCAUUACCAAUCGCAAUGCAUGCAAAUGCAACAAAAAUUGUUUAUUUCCUUAGAAUUGUACUAGCUCAGUAUCUACGCGGUUGGUCUUUAGAAAAAACAAUUUGCUUUUGUCAGUCAAUUACUACUAUGUAUAGUUGAUGUCCGAUACUUUUGCAAUGCAUACGCUCCGUCCUCGCCUGUGUCGCGGGUCCGGUGUCUCCGAAGAGCGAUCGCGGUCGGUUUUCACCGGUUGCGGCGAAGGACCGCUCGCCGUCUAUGGGAGGGUACAAAUUAUUAGGGGCCGGCGCCGACGUUCCUAGUCGGUCAGGGUCGAGGAGAAACAGCAUGAACAUGAAGCAAACCUACUCCUCGCAUCUGUUGCGGACAGAACCGCCGGCGGGAAUGAGUGCGGAAGUUUACGCCGCGAUUGUGGAAGUGAUGAAAGUCAACCCGGCCCGGCCGCCCACGCCCCUGGAGCCGAACCACGCGUGUGCGAUCGUGUGCAGGGAGUUGUUGGCGAGGUACUUCUUCUUCUACAGAGGCGUCGCAUGAUACAUCAUGCGAAAUAUUGAGUUUGUGCUCCAUGAUCAAAAUCUUUGAUUUCAAUGAAAACAAACUUCCAAAAUGCUCUUGCUCUCAGAUUGGAAUCCGUAGUCCGACAGCAAGCGAAUAACGUGGAGAGGACGAAGAAAAUGGUUCGGGGGUUUGUUGCGAACGGGGUUUUCAGCUUGCUUUCCGCACAGCAAGAAGACAGCAUUGCGGAUAUCCGGAAAGUUUUGGCCAUAGUUUUUCCCGAUGCCCCCACGAGGAAGCAAGAAGGUGCGAUAAUGUUGAUCAUGCUAGUGUUUCAUUGAUCUGGUUGCGUUUUUUCUUUUUGUGGCCUGCUCGAGCCGAGCUCGAUGAUGACAAAAAUUUUAUUUGCGAACAAUCAAGAACACCGACCCUCGAUCUUCACAUGAAAUAAAAUGACCCAAUAAGAUCUCAUUGCGCGCGUCCGACUCCUGGCGACCACAGCUUGUCCGAAGGACGCGCUCGCGAAAAUGGCCCAGGAUCUAGCCAAGCUGAUCGACGACGAGAGCUUUUCCAUGGCCAACGCUGCGGAAGACAGCCUGGUGCAGGGCGUCAGCGCGGGGUUGGUCCGGGCGACUCAGAAGCUGUUGUACGCUGCGGUGGCCAAGAACGAGGAAUCGGCGUUGGAGGCCGUGUAUGAAUCGCAAAAGUACCGUGCUUACUUAAAACUAGUAUCUUGAAACUCAAUUGCAUUGCAAAUAAUUUCCACCUCAGCAUGAGAAAUGGAAGUUAUAACUCGGAUUUACCUUAAAAUCGUCACGUAUGAUAAUUGCAAUCACUUUCACUGCGGUCGUACGAGUGCGCAACUUUUGCGAUUUAUACCAUGCGGAAGGAACUGGUCCAGAAGAUGACGGCGUUGGAGGCUUUGGGUCGGUCCUUGCAGUCCCAGUUGGAGCAGGACACGGAAGAGGCAGAUGACACGCCGGGAAGGCUGAAAAGUUCCAAACCCGUCGCGGACUGGGGAGUGGAGGAAGUAUCUAAUAAAUGCAAAUCAAAAAAAUCUUGCUUCUUCAAGAAUCUUGAUGGCAUUUGCGUUGCAUGAGAUGAAAGAUGAUGAUGAAGUCUGGCGGCCUCUGCCGCUUUUACAACUACUUUUCUCUGGCACGACCACAUCCACCAGACGGCAUAAAAGAAUUUAAAAAUCCACACAAGAACAACUCCAUCAAUGACUACCUAGGUUCUUCAAUGGCUAGUCCGGCUGCAGGAGCUCCCGGAGCGAGAUCUUGUCUUCCAGGUCUUCCAAGACAAACAAAUUUUCGGCGAACAGCUGCUCACCCUGGACGAACAAAAAUUGGACAGUAUGGGGAUCACAACGUUCGGCACGAGACGGCAUUUGAGCCUGGCGAUCCGGGAUUUGAAAGCGGAUAUGGACCAAUCCGGGUCAAACAGUAUGUCGAACACGAGUUCUGCGAGAUUAGCCACCCCGAGCCUGAAAUCCGAGUUCUCCAGCCGCAUGGGCGGUGGCGUUGCAGGAGCAGUACCUCCUGGUGGUGCGGCAGCCAACAACAUGAUUUUGAAGGUCGGAAUGCACACCGCGCCGAACUACACCUCGUCAAGUGCGACGUCCGCAAACGGCAUCCGGAAAGUGGAAGAAUCCUUAGGGUUCGCGCCCUCUUCCAGCCCCAGCCUAAGCACCGUGAAUGGCAGGAUGAACAACAAUGCUGGCGCGCGGUCGCGGUCUCCCGUCGUGGCAGGGGGAGCGACCACAGGUAGUACCAGCAACAAGAAGCCGGUGCUUCCCGCGGCGAAGAUCCAGGGACUCGCGCCCUUAGCGCAGGUCACCAGUCCGCCCGCCAGUCCGAAGCAGGGCGGCGGCAGCGGAAGAAACUCGCCGGUUGGGCCGCAAUCCCCGGUGUCGCUCGUGCCCGCGAUUUUUGACAGUGCGGUGCCGGAAUUGCGGAACAUGUCACCGCGAUCCUCGUCGCCCUUAGCGAAGGAGCGACUGUUAGACUUCAAGCAACCGGUGUUGAAGGCGAAAGUCCUAUGGGAGUGACCAACUCGUCCCCUUCUUGUCAUGCAAAAUACCGAAGAACCCAGGCCAGGCUGUGCCUCUGCGCACUGUUUCUUUUAUGUCAAGCUCUGUCAGCCCAGCAAAUAGCACCACACUCCUGUGCAAAUUGGUCAUGCAAAACCUGCAUUCUCGCUGACGCUUGUAUUGCCGUUCAUGCUACACAAGUGUAAAUGAGCAGAGGGAGCAGGGGGAGUUGUGCACUGCCAUAAGUCGAGUCCCCCUCCUUGAACCCCAUCGCGCCGAUCAACACAAGCAAGCAAACUAUGCAUUGCAAAUAGGACGAAAUGUGUCUGGGUCUGGAACUGGAAGGUUGUACUUAAUAUGUGACGCGUCCCCGCCGUCCCGCAGAUAACGCAAAAACUUGCCUAUGCCUUGCGCGGGUAGCACAAGAAGUCCUUCUAAAACAGUAAGUAUUUUUUCUCAUGCGGGAUAUGCAUAGCGAAGCCCUUAGCCUUACUAGUAUAAAAUCUGUGAAGAUGGGCCUUCACCCUGUAUCCCAGGAUUGCUCGUGGAGAAUCCGCAUGACAAACUCGUGCACUCACCCGGUCCCAGACAUCUUUGCAUUUGAUACAGACGAAAGAGCAGGGGUCGAGUUCCGGACAGCGGUUCCCGCGGCUCGCGCUACCGCAAAUGGACUGGAACCGCGUCGUAUGGAGUGCAAAUAUGUAGUCUGGGUCUGGAAGAGUGCAACUUGUCAUGCUAAAUCUGAAUCAUGCAAGCGUCUGUGUUGCGUCAGUCUCAGUGCUAGUAACAGCUGUCCACUUUCGGCCAAGUUCGUUGUGAGGGAGUUUCUCAUGCACGACAGGCAUGACAGAGACCUCCUAGAGUCUGUCAUGCUAGUACGUCCCGCAUUCGAGACCUCGUGGGUCAUGGGAAACCUGCGUAACAAGUUGACACUCUUCCGGGCCCAGACGUAUUUGCACCUGAUACGUCGCGAGCCCGGACGCGGCGCUGUCCCAACUCCGCACGGACAUGAUGGAAAAGCGAGCGCGUUCUCUCGAGCGCAUGCGCGCGACGAUCGCGAACGCGGGUUCGAAUUUCGAGGCGGCGCAGAAGCAAUUGGCGGGACAUAACGCCACUAGUGCUGCCUCGCCGCGCACCGCGACGAUCGCCGAGACGCGGUCCGCGGCAGUGGCGUCGGCGUCGCAGUUUUUCAAAUCCGGCGCGGUUUUAUCCAGUGCAAACAUGUCUCUCGUCUGGGUCACCUGGAUCUGGAAAAGUAGAACUUGUAUCACUUGGCUGGCAUUCGUGUGAAAAUUAAUCGGUGUUGCAUGACCAACAAAAGAUCGGCGUUUUGUGCCAUGCAGAAACACAGUUUGAUGAAUUUCCAAUGCGCACUUCGCAUAGGCAUAUGAAAAAGCGCCCAAAAUUUUUGCCAUGCUUUGCUGCACAACUAGAGAGGCUGUUGAAUUCUGACCAUUCAGCAUCAGAAGUUUCCAGACCCGGAGGAUGACAGAUAUUUGCAAUGCAUAGGUUUUAAGGGAGAACGUGGUGCAGCCGAUUGCGUCGCCUGUGUCCAGCCCGAGAUUGAAGGCGGCGUUAACCGGCGUCCCGCCGUUGGGAUCAGGGGAUAUGGUCGGGUUUGUGACGAGCGUCCCGGAAGGGGAGUACCUACCGCCGAAGUGGAUCGGGAAAACGGGCUGGAUUUCGGGACUGAUGCGAAAUAUGCCGUGCAAAAGGAUCAUCGCACUGCAACUGCUGCCUAAGACAUGCUGACAUCCAAUUGUUCCGGACGGAAAUUUAUAAGUACAGGGGGUUCUUUGUGAUGCAGGUUGAGGCAUGCAUAUGCAAGCAGGUCUGUCAUGCGAGACUGCAAGGACUUGUAAGUAGGAGUGCGAAGAUUCCUUUGCAGUUGAUGCGAAACGGAAAGGUGCAAGUCUCGGUUCACGGGGACCAGCCUGGGACUAGGGAAACGGCGGAAAUCACGACAACCUUGCUGGUUCCGGUGACCAGGUCCGGCGCCGCGAGUCCCGGCGCGGUCUCGUCGCCGGUUGGAUCCAAGGGAACAACGGCGGUCGGGGCAGGCACCGGGGUGAUGAUGAACAAGGGAUCUGCAGUUGGGGGCGUUGUCCCUGCCGGGCUGACGAGACCGGUGUCGGCACGACCCGGGGCGAAGAUAUGGCGCUCUCAACUGUUACAUUCUCAACUGUUACAUGAAUUUGUAAUGCAACACUGGCAAAAGUGAAAGGAGGAAUAUUGCGCCUUCUGCAUCACAAGUUUGGCGCAGAUUUAGGUGCGGCUUACGCCUUCGCAAAUUUGUCAUGCCGGGCAGCUUGAUCGUGAGGAUGAUGAUGGUGCUUUUGCAUGACAAACCAUGUGAACAGUUGAGAAUGUAACAGUUGAGAACGCCAUAGAAAAGCAAACCGGCGGCGGUGAGAGGUGGCGUUGCUGGGGCUCCACCUGCUGUAACAUCAACUCGGCCCGGAACAGCGGGCUCUAGAAGUAGUAGUCGUGGCGCGCCGUCGCCGGUGCGGGGGCGGGUUCCCUCGCCGGUGGCGCGAAGAGGCCCUAGUAGUCCCUCGCCCGUGGCCAAAGCAAAAACACCAACUCCCAGCACUUCUGUGAGCAGUAGGCCGAAUAUUAAACAGGCGAUGGGGAAGAUGCCGAGCACAGCUCCCGGGACUGCGUUGAGACAAGCAAUUGUAGGCUCCGCGUCUAGUAACAGCAAGGCGAGCGCCACUACAUUCGCUGCGAGGAGGGCGCAAGUGAAGAAGGCGUCGGCGAAAACCGCGGCAAAGAGCAAGACACCCAGCUACGCACCGCCGUCGCGCGGCAACACUGUGGGGGCACCUUCUAGUACCACUACGCUGUCUACUAAGAACGCAGCUCCUAGUGCCACGACGAAAAUGCCAGAGCCGACGCGAACGAUCACGGCUUUAGGCACAGCGCCGAAGAACGCCUCGAAGGGAGAGCAAACGGCUGUGUCUGCGGGCUCCAGCAAAGUUUCUAAUACGGGGUUGCUGAAAACAGGAUCGAUUCUGCUGCCGAGCUCGCUUGUCGGUACUACCACUGGUGCGGCGUCCUCGAGGGGUGCAACUACUGGAACAGCGGGAGCCGGUGCACCUCCUGCGUCGAAAAAUGUUGUUUCAUCUGCAGCUGCUGUUCCCUCCAUGGUGAAAACACCAACUCUGACAAGCACCAAUGUCCAGCUGAGUUCGCCACCGAAACCCGUGUUGACGACCGGGAAGAUUGGCGGAGCGAAAUUCCUCGGAAAUGCGGUUCCGACGUUGUUUUACGGGGAAGAAGAAGUAGAAGAGCACGUGCUUGUUCAGGAUCUUCACGAUGAAAAAGUUUUCGUCGACGACGAACCCGAAACCACCAAUUAUACGAAUGCAACUGCAGUAGCAGUCGAGGUGGAACAAGAAGAGAAGAAGUUGAGGGACACGCAGACGAUUUUGGUACCAGCAGUUUCGUUCGUGGAGCAGGGCGAACCUGCUUUGUCUGCGGUAGUGCGGACGAUCCGCGCGACGGGGACGCCGGACAAGUCGUCGAGUCUGUUGCAGCCGGCUGGUGUGAAGGAGGUGCUGAGUAGUUUGGAACGGGGGGCACGCGCGUGAGGAGGAGGUAGUUCUGAGAUUUGCAUAUUAGAUUACAUGUGAACCAACCUAAUGUCGUAUCUGGAGAAGGAGAAGAAAAAUUUUCAAGUUCAUCAAGCUUUAUCUUCGAAGAAGUCGCUUGUGACAACAACGCGUCUUAGUACUCUGUUUCUUAAGAAAAAUGACUGUUAUUUAUCAGGAUAUUUUAGCAAAAACGAUUUUAACCUUUUGACGCAAAAAUUAUGCUUGCAACAUUGGCAGACACUACCGACGGUUUCUCUUGUAUGAAAAGUUUAACAUCAAAAUUUCUUGUUUUAGCAGAAAGAAAGUUUCUCAGUUUGCACUUUAGCUUUAGUUUCACUUGGCAAGUACGGUAUCACCAGUUGUAUCUUUGCAAUCGCAUGUUUGAGUUUGGAUCAAUAGUACUCACACCUGUAUUUACUUUUCAUCACAUUCACAUGUAAUAUCAUCCUUCGUGGGAUUUUUCAGAUUUGACGGAAUUUCUUCAACGACCUGAUUGUGUACAAUAUACAGAUCAAAUUUGGAUUAAAUUAUUUAUAUUUUUUCAGGAUUUUUCGAACACUUACACUUGGGGAAAACAAAACUACAAUACAC